AUGGCCCAAGCGAGGAUGCACACCGACUUCUUCUUCAACGUCCAGUUGCAUCACUACGACCACAAGAUCGACUCCAGAAAGGUCGAAAAUGGAUAUGUUGGAAUCUUCGUCAGUGAAAUGGGAGUCGGAAUCCCUGUACUAAACUCCCAAGGCGCCCACGAAAAAUUGAAGGAGAGGCGCGCGAACGGCCAGCAAAUCCCCACCUUGGAGCCCGUUUUGCGCGAGCUCAUUCAAGAUACUGGGAAGAAGGGACUUCUCGUUGGUCUCACUCUGGGAACGUGUGAUUGGGCUCAGCUAGAGCUGCUGGCAAACGUGGACCAGCCCGACACGAAGAAGACCCCAGGACGUCCCUCAAAGGGUGCGUUGGAGGGCAGGUCGAUUCAGUCCAUGCUGCUGUUCUCGCCACUACCAUACGACAACAUGGCGUUCCGUGUCAUCGCCCAUCGCGGAGACAAAGGCUCAAAUGCAUCAUUCUACGCGCUGUUCGAACAGGAUCCAGACUCCAUGCUCUGCAAGGCCGUUCGCAUCAAGUUCGAAGACGUCUUCUUCUUCCCUGAAUAUCGCGACGACGAGGUCAAAACCCGCCUAGAGCGUACCAAAGCAUGGAAGGACAAGGUCUCCGCUGGCCUGGACGCGAUCUCGCCGCAGACAAAAGGCGGUCCGUCAGGUGAGGAUGUGGAACACAAGGAGAAACCAAAGGAGGUCCAGUUGAAGGAUUUGAUGAAGAUCAUGUUGGAGUACAAGCGCCGCCCCAAGGACGUCGAUGAAGCUCAACUCGAGGAAGCCGAGAAGCUACUCAACCAAUUGGGUCCAGGCACACUCAGUGCGCUUCAAGACUCGGAGGAAGCCCAGGAGCAGAUGGCACGCAUUGACCCCUCUUUGAAGAUGGUACUCGAGUUUGACAACAAGAACUUAUGCAAGCUGAUCCACAAGAAGGACGGUCAUUCCGACGGCGUUUACAAGCGGGCGCUCAUAGAGAUUCGCAAGCAAUGGCCCAAAUUGGGCGAGGAGCUGAAGGACGAGGAACGUCUCAAGCAGGUAUUCCGUUGCGCCAACGACGCGGGAAUUACGGUGUCAUAUGGCCGCGUGCGCCGAUUUCUGGUCACUUGCUCCGACAUCAUUACGAGGGAUCUCACAAAGGACCCCCGUGCACUUGAUGAUCCUUCAGCGUUUGCUGAAAUUGGCCAAUUCGUCAACAAGACUCUCAACUCCCUGCUUGGUGCCAACGACACUGCCAUCAAAGACCCAAGCCCAUCCACCAUCAUCAGCAUUUGCGAGGCUGUCCGCACAAAGCUACACGAAAUCAACACGACAUUGAGCGAGACUGCUGAUAAGCUGAAGGUUGAAUACGGCUCAAGCCAGAGAGGACCGUUGCGUUCCACCGAAGACCUCUACAACGACUUCGGGCGGGCUGCAGAUGCAGAUGCCGCAAAGGCGGCCAUUGCGGGUCUAUUCAACGAGGCACUCCGCGUCAGUAUGAGAACGAUUCAGGAGCCGAUGGAGGAUCAAAUGGCUCUUGUGAAGUGGUUCGACAAGCUGAUUGCUGACUUGGUCAAAUGCUCGGAGGAGGACAAGCGGGUUGAGAGUACAUCUGACACCGACUCUGACUCUGACUCUGACACGGAGAUGGGUGAAGCUGAAAAUGAUGAUUAG